AUGGCUUAUCUGGGAAAUCUGCCUAUUUUUGACCAUAAGUCAAGUGAAUGGUCAAUUUUCAAAAGCAGACUAACUCAGUUUUCGAAGAUAAAUCGCGUCGAAGAAGUGAACAAAAGUGGAAUUCUUCUCACCCAUCUUACGGAUGAAACGUAUCGCUUGGUACGAAACUUAGCGUACCCGCAAGACUUAGAAUCUCUAAGUUACUCGAAUCUCGUUAAAUUACUCGACGGUCAUUUCAAGCCAAAAAAAUGCUCAUUUGUGGAUAAAGAAAAAUUUUUUGGAGCAACCAGAAAUCCAGGCGAAUCAUUGGGAGACUGGGCAGCGCGAUUGAGAGGUCUCGCAAGCAAUUGUGACUUCGGCACUGCCUUGGAAACGAAUUUAAGAGAUCGUUUCGUCCUCGGCCUGGGCCCUGGCCCGGAACAAGAUAAGUUGUUCGAACAAGAUCCGUCCACAUUGACACUGUCAGUAGCUAUGGAGCUAGCCGAGCAGGCGGCGUAUGCCAGGCGGGCGAAGGUUAUGUUGUGCACCAGCGAACAUGCUACAAUUAAGGAGGAACCGGUAUACCGAGCGAAAUUUCAAGGUCAAGGAGACAGCGGCGCGGUUAUACGGCGUCCUAAUGCUGGCAGGACAUCAGGAGGUCGCGACCAACCGAGAGAUUUUUCUCGUUGUUCGGUCUGCGGCUUGAAGAACCACCAAAGUGAUAAGUGCCGUUAUAAAAGUUACAAAUGUCAAAAGUGCGGUGAAAAAGGUCAUUUAAAGAAAGUGUGCGAUAGUAUCAAUAGAUCGCGGAUGUACCAUAUCGAGUCGGUAAGCGAACCAGAGCAGGUCAAGGACACGUCUUGUGAGGAGUGCCACAAUUUUAAUUUGAGGGACAUGGAGGUUUGGUGUAUUAGACAUGUGGAUCAAAUUAUUAGAUAUACGGGUUCAGACAGUAGUCGCGACGAUAUUGUCGCUGCUGAGGAGACUCGUUGCCCCUCCACAUCGCCGGCUACUGUAAAUGCACACCCUCCCGCGCAACAGCCUAUGUUUCCGGCUAUAAGUAAUACGGAGCAAAGUAUGGAACAGGCUACGAAUAUGCAGACGGCUGAGCUGCAAUCGCCCUCGAAUACUGGAGCGCCGAAUCUUGGUUCAUCUGACCACGGUGAGGCAGAAGAAGUAAGUGAAUGUGAGACUAGGGAGUAUGAAAAGGACAACAUUGCCCCCGUAGAAAGGCCUAUGGCAGAAACGGAGGCUGUGCCGUCCACAAUUGGCGAUUCCCAUGUACCGCCAACAUUGCCACUUUUAGCCACACGCCCGAAACGUACAAGACCAAGGGUGGAUUAUAAAAAUAAAGUAUAUUUUGCGUUGUAA